AUGGAGUUCUUGCUGGUCAUUCCGCUGGCGAACGAAACCCGCAUCGACUGUUGGAAUUAUCUGUGGAUCAACAACACCGACUCGGAAUGGCUCAACUGCUGGGGCUACGCCUUGGCCGCUGGUUUGAGCCGCGCUCAAUUUGCACUCUGGAAUCCAUCCAUUGACCAGAAUGCCGAGGACGCAGAUGCUCCAUCCUACGAGUAUGACUGUGCUCUGGUUCCAAGUGUUUCUUACUGCAUUGCCUUGGCCAGCCCGACCCAGGCAACCCCCAGCCCCCGUGCUAGUGGAGAGAUUGAAGGAUGCAUCCUGUGGAUGGAGGUCGGCGACGGAGACGACUGCGGCAGUAUCCUUUCCAACAUGGCGAUGGAUCUGGCCGUGUUUUAUCAGAUGAAUCCGUCCGUGAAGGAGGACUGCUCCGGUCUAUCCCUGGGCACAAACUACUGUAUCUCGACAGACGAAAUCGGACUGAUCGAUUCCGGAGAGGAUGGAAGUGGAAGCACGACAAUUACGCCGACCCCGACAGUCCCUGGUGAUAGACCCACCCCAAUGCCCACCCAGGAGGGGAUGGUACCGGGCUGUACCAAGUUCUACCGUGUCCAAGACGGCGAUGGCUGCUGGGCCAUUGCUGAUGCGCAAGGGAUCGAAUUGGGGGAGCUGUACACAUGGAACCCGGCCAUCGGCCCAGAUUGUGCGUCGCUGUGGCCUGGCUACUAUGUGUGUGUGGGGCUCCAAUCUGGAACGUCGGCCACCACCCCACCACCCACAUCUACCUCGCCUGGUCCUGGAAAUGCGGCCCCCGGACCGACACAGGGGGGCAUUCCCGCCAACUGCAAUCGGUGGGUGAUGCAGCAGGAAGGGAUUUUCUGUUAUGACAUGGCAGCCGCCGCAGGGAUUCCACUCGAGGAGCUGUAUGCUUUAAAUCCGGCGCUGAACGGGGACUGUAGUGGCCUUUGGCCGGGAUAUGCGUACUGUAUAGGCACUUUGUGA